AUGGCCCCCUCUGACCGUCUGACUCAGGUGAAUGAACACCUCAAUUACCCCGCGGGCGUGCUAGCCGGCCAAGUCGCCAUCAUCACCGGCGCAGGCCAGGGAAUUGGAGCAGAGGCCGCACGCCUAUUUGCAAACGAGGGCGCAAAGGUCAUUGUCGCUGACAUCGAUGCGAAAAAGGCCAACGCCGUCGCAGACGCAAUCAACGCGGCCAAGGCUGGUCGUGCCUUAGCAGUCGUGGGUGAUAUUCUCGACGGCGACUAUGUGACCGAGCUUGUCAAGCGUGCUGCCGAAUUCGGCAAUGGCAAGAUCCACAUCAUCGUGAACAAUGCCGGAUUUACUUGGGAUGGAGUUAUUCACAAGAUGACCGAUAAACAAUGGGACACCAUGCUAGCAGUGCACAACACCGCACCCUUCCGUCUCGUGCGCGCCGCAGCACCCUACUUCCGCGUCAAGGAUCAAGAGCCGCGCGUUGUGAUUAACAUCAGCAGCACGAGUGGAAUCCACGGGAAUGCUGGGCAAGCAAACUACGCCGUCGCAAAGGCUGGCGUGGUAGGCCUCACGAAAACAAUCGCCAAGGAAUGGGGCCCUGCGUUCGGCGUCCGCUCGAAUACCAUUGCCUUUGGCUAUGUGACGACGCGCCUGACAGCUGCCAAGGAAGAAGGCGCUUUUAUCACUACGCCUGACGGCACGAAGGUUGCGCUUGGGAUUCCGGGUAAGCAGCUCGCUAGUAAGAAGGGCUCUGCGGCGGAGGAGGAGAAAAAGAAGGAGGCGGAUGCCAAUGCUUAUCCUGAUAUCCCGCUGCGGCGACCGGCUAGUCCUGUUGAGGCUGCUCGGUCUAUUUUGGGGGUUGCUUCGCCUUGGUUCUCUUAUGUUAAUGGGGAGACUAUUCGGGUGACUGGGGGUAGGAAUAUGUAA